CCGAGCCUCCUGUCCAUGCAGGCAGUUUAACAGCGAACAACAGAGCACCAUGAGCUACCUUCCUUUGUUUUCUUUAGAAACAUGGAUCCUUCUGAUCACCGUCAUCUGCCUCUUUGUCAUGUACGGCUACUGGACUCAUGGAAUAUUUGACAAGUUAGGGAUCCCUGGUCCAAAGCCAUACAUAUACUUUGGCACAAUUGCAAGACACGAUCAAGUUUAUUACAUGGAUGACCAUAAGAGUGCAAUGAAAUAUGGGAAACUAUGGGGUGCCUAUGAGUUUAGGAGGCCUGUGCUGUUUGUGAUGGAUCCUGACAUGCUGAAAACCAUCCUGGUGAAGGAGUGCUUGACUUAUUUCACUAACCGGCGGGACUUGCGUCUCACUGGAGAGCUCUAUGAUGCCGUGUCUAUGGCUGAGGACGAUCAAUGGAGACGAAUUCGUCACACCUUGUCUCCCUGGUUUGCUUCUGGACAUAUGAAAGCGAUGUUUCGCAUCAUGAAAAACCACUCUCAAAAACUCAUAAACCAAAUGAGGUCCAAGGCUGACAAAAGUGGAGUUAUUAUAGUAAAAGACUUCUUUGGACCUUACAGUAUGGAUGUGAUGGGGAACUGUGCUUUCGGUUUGGACCUGAACUGCAUCAACAAUCCAUCAAGUCCCUUUAUCACCCACGCCUCACAGCUGUUUAACUUCUCCUUACCCCUCAUUUUCAUUCAAGGGUUUUUCCCAUUCCUUAUUCCUCUUUUGCAGUUGCUGGGUUUCUCUUUAUUUAGUAAGACCUCGAUGGCUUUCUUUAAAACAUUCAUGGAGAAGUUCAGAGGAGAAUAUGACAAGACCUCAAACCAGAAGUCUGGCGACAUGCUUAGGCACAUGAUCAACUCUCAGACAAAGAGUGAAAAUCCGAAUAAAGGACUCAGUGACCAUGAAAUCCUUUCCCAGUCAACAAUGUUUCUGUUUGCUGGUUAUGAGACCAGUGCCACCACUCUUGUUUUCUUGGCCUACAAUUUAGCAAGAAAUCCUGACAUAAUGAAACGCCUACAGCAAGAGAUCGACACUACUUUUCCAAAUAAAAGUCCAGUCCACUAUGAAGGUCUGCUGCAGAUGGAGUAUCUGGACAGUGUGAUCAGUGAAAGUCUGAGGCUUUACCCUCCGGCUGCACGUCUUGAGCGAGUCACCAAGGAAACUAUCAGAAUCAACGGAACCACAAUUCCAAAGGACAUGAUGAUUGUGGUUCCAGUUUAUGCUCUACACCGUGAUCCUGAGCUGUGGCCAGAGCCAGAGCAGUUUAAACCAGAGAGAUUUAAUAAUGAGAACAAACAUUCAAUCCGCCCGUACACCUACCUGCCGUUUGGAAUUGGGCCAAGGAACUGUGUGGGGAUGAGAUUUGCUCUACUGAUGGUCAAACUGGGCUUGGUGGAGGUUUUGCAGAACUACAGCUUCUCCGUCUGUGAGGAGACAGAGGACCCUUUGACGAUGGACCCAAAAGGCUUGCUCGCACCCAAGCGACCAAUCAAACUGCGCCUAGAGACACGUUCCAGUACUUCGGGAAAUGAGGACAUCUAAGAAAUGCUCUCAGAAUACAAUGGUUGUACAAGUUUUAUCAGUGCUCUCAAUUUAUAUCUAAAAAAUAGCUGCUAAAAGAUCAUUGUGUUCAGUCUUUUAAGUAUGAAAUUUCCUAAUAGAAAUUGUAAAAUUUAAAAAAUCGUGGAGUGUAAAAUAGUUUAUCAGUCUUGUGGAUCAGUAGCUGAACCAACCCCAUCUCUACUAACAUUAAAGGAGUGAUAUUUUGCUUUAAAAAAAAAAAAAAAAAUGGAUUUAUGCAUCUUAAAACAUUUCCCUGUGGUCUA